AUGGACGGUUCUCCCAUUGUCGCCCGCGGAGCGGCGUCUCUGAGCCCCACGAGCCCGUCAAGUUCUCGGCACGGAAAUGGCAGCGCCAAGAGAAAGAGGAGCGGUCCUGUCACCCAUGAGAGCAGUCCUGGCAGCGUUUUAGACGAUGAGGCCGGUGAACAUGGAGAACAUGACAAGAAGCGUCAACCUGGCGUGAAGAGAGCCUGCAAUGAAUGCCGGCAGCAAAAGUUGCGAUGCGACGUUGUGCAGGAGCCCUUCCAAGGCUGUUCGCGAUGCAACCGUCUGAAAGUCGAAUGCAAGAUUGAAUCCAACUUUAAGCGCAUCGGGAAACGUUCCAAGCAUGCCGAAAUGGAAAAGGAAAUCGAUCGUCUGCGGCGCAACAUAUCUCGCGCCAAAACCCAAGGGUUUGUCAUGGACGACGACGACGACGACAACAUCAACUCCCCCGUGGCGCCGACCACGGCCACGUAUACACAUACUCGGAAUCCUUCGCUGAUGGGCUCCGACGAAGCCGUGUCAUCCCUCCUACAUCUCAAGCGAGGCGGCGCCUAUGCCGUCCCGCACUAUUCCUACGAACUGGAAGGGGUCCGAUUGACGGACGACAAUGUGACGCAUCUCUUCAACGAGUUCUUUGCCUACUAUCAUCCGUUUCUGCCCUUUCUCAACCCUCAGCAGCCUCCCGAUCAGUACAACCAGCAGCAUCCGCUGCUGUUCUGGUCCGUCAUUGCGGUGGCGGCGCGUCGGUUCAGCCCGCUGGAUUGCCCAAACCUCCUCACCAACCUGUCGGGACCCAUGACGAGGUUCUUGUGGACAACGAUUGGCGAGGUGCCUAGCAAUUACCACGUGGUCAAGGCCAUGUGCUUGCUUUGCACCUGGCCCUUGCCCACGAGCACCACAACUUCGGAUCCCACUCACAUUCUUUGCGGCGUCAUGAUGAAGACGGCGACCGGCAUCGGGCUUCACCGACCGAACCAUAUUAGGGAUUUCUCGAGGGUGUCGGUGGAGCUGAACAAGGAGCAGCUGGCUGAUCGGGUCACUACCUGGGCAGUCUGCAACAUUGUGGCCCAGAACGUCGGCACGGGCUACGGACAGCCGGCCUCGACCCUCUACGACUGGACGCUUGCCUUGCGCCCCGGCGACGACCCUUCGCUGCACCUCUCGACCGACCUCGAGGCGCGGCUCCAGAUCGAGCGGUUUUGCGACAAGGUCUCCAAGGAGAUGUACAGCAACGCCAGCGACCCGAGGGGAGUGGCCGGGGAUGAGCAUCGCGCCAUGCUGAUGAGGGUGUACCGCCGAGACUACGGCGAGCUGCAGGCCUCCAUCAUGUCGCAGCAGCUCGGCCCCAUUGUCAACAUGCACCUGCGCGCGGCGGCGCUCCACAUGAAACUGGCCGGCUUCUUCGACUCGAGCAAGACGCCCGGCUACAUGGACGACCUGAUGGGCCUCUGGAGGGCGGCCAGCAGCUUCCUGGACGAGCUGCUCGAAGUGGACAAGGUGACUUCGCCGCGCGAAAGCCCGCGCGGGACGAUACUGCUCUACGCGACCAACUACCUGCAGCAGAUGCUCGUGGCCGCCGCCUUUACGCUGCUCAAGCUGAUGCGGUCCUUUUUCUGCAAGACGAUUGACUUUGACCGGGGCCGGAGCCUGUUCCACCACUCGGUCAAGGCGAUUCGCGCAACGAGCGUCGUCCACAACGACCUGCAGUGGCGCCUGGCCGAGCUGAUGGUGCAGAUGUGGAACGGAGCCCGGCUGGACAGCCGAGCCAACGCGUACAACCCGGACGAUGAUGGCGCUGCGCAGAUGGAUGAUAGCCUGCAGCUCAAGGUACGCUGCCGUCACAGCAUGAGCCUGGUGUUUGACUCUGUAUGGCGAUGGAGAGAGGAAUACCAGUCCCAAGGUAGAGGUAGCCUCGAAAACAUGAAGCAGCCUACGAACCCAGAGUCUGCCAAUGAGUCGUCUGCCUCGUCGUCUCAGCUCGACAGCACACUGCUGCCGUCUCAUCCUCUACCUACCUCCAACAUGCUGCACAGUAACGGGGCCCUGACGCCAAGCGCCGCCGCCGCCGCCGCCGGCCUGUCGGCCACGGCCCCCGGCCCCAACUCCAUGAUUGGCGGCGUCCUUCCCUACGGCGAGACGAGUUAUGACUUUUUCGACCCGCAGCACUGGAUGCUCGACGGCCUAGUAGACCUCAACUACGCGGGGACCUUUGUGGCCCCCCUCGAGGGGGCCUAA